GGAAGAAGAGGAGGAGGAGGAAGAGGCGCUGCUCCCGGGUGGCUUCCCCCUUCCGCGGCCCUGGGAUGGGGACCGUCCGGCAGGAAGCAGCAGGAACAACCGCCCCCGCCGCCACCCCCAGGGCUCAAUCCGAAUUGCACCCCCAGAAAGUGGGGGCAGGUGCCUCGAUCCUAUAACUGCACCCCCAACCCCCGAAUAUUCUGAUUUUUCUGCUUGCCUUCCAAGGAGUUUGCCUCCCCACCACCACCACCACCGCCUUCCAGGCUUGCAUAAUCGGCGUCCUUCUCCGGAUCCAGCGGGGAAAAAGGACCCGAUUCUACCUCGGGAUGGUCUACUCCGGUUUCUACUCCGGAUUCUUAGGGAGGCAACCGUGACCAGCAUCCUCUCCGCAGGGUUUCAUAGCAACCCCUUCCUCCUCCUCUCAAAGCUUGAAUGAGAACCUCUGGCCGUCGGGGAGGGGGCCGUUGAAGCGUUUGCCCCGUGGGGAGAUUAUCCAUCGGGCGACGGGGGUCAGGAUGGGGCAAAAGGUGACGGGCGGCAUCAAGACGGUAGAUAUGAGGGAUCCGGCCUACAGGCCGUUGAAGCACGAACUCCAGGGGUUGGACUACUUCAAACCGGCCCGCUUGGACCUCCUCCUGGACAUGCCAGCGGUCUCCUACGAGACCCAGCUGAUGCACUCCUGGAACAAUGACGACCGCUCGCUCAACGUCUUCGUCAAAGAGGACGACCGGCUCAUCUUUCACCGGCAUCCGGUGGCCCAGAGCACGGACGCCAUCCGUGGAAAAGUCGGCUACACCCGCGGCUUGCACGUCUGGCAGAUCACGUGGGCCAUGAGGCAGAGGGGCACGCACGCCGUGGUGGGCGUGGCCACGGCCGAGGCCCCCUUGCACUCUGUGGGCUACACCACCCUGGUCGGUAACAACCACGAAUCGUGGGGGUGGGACCUCGGGCGCAACCGGCUGUACCACGAUGGCAAGAACCAGCCCAGUAAGACAUACCCGGCCUUCUUGGAGCCGGACGAAACGUUCAUCGUGCCGGACUCGUUCUUGGUGGUGUUGGACAUGGACGAUGGGACGUUGAGUUUCAUUGUGGACGGGCAGUACAUGGGAGUUGCUUUCCGUGGACUCAAAGGGAAGAAACUCUACCCGGUCGUGAGUGCUGUCUGGGGCCACUGUGAAAUUAAGAUGCGCUACUUGAACGGGCUUGACCCGGAACCUCUGCCUUUAAUGGACCUCUGCCGCCGAUCCGUGCGCCUGGCUCUGGGCAAAGCUCGGCUGAAUGAGAUUCCUGCCCUGCCACUGCCUGAAUCUCUCAAGAACUACCUUCUCUACCAAUGAUCUCUGCUUUGGGGAGGGACCCCACCCACCCUCCAAAAAACCUUCCCCCCCACACAGACACAAACUCUCAGAACCAACGCCGGCAUGAAUUUCCAGGCCAGGGCAUCUCUGGGUGACCAUUUGACCAUUUUCUAUGCAUACAUCCACCCCCUUCCCCCCCACCUGCCCUUUUCCGAAUGUGCCGGUUUUGCAUCCGAACAGCCCAACUGUUGAUCUGUUCCUUGUUGCUGCAUCGGAAGAAGAAACAGCCUUGGAAAGAAACCGGGUUUCUGCUCCACCGUGUUCAAUGCUCCACAGAUUGCUCUUGAGAUGAAAAACCCAGACCCUUUUGAGUCAUUUGCUAGACUCGAACCCCCCCUGGAAAAGGUCAUGGAAUCGCCCCUGGGUUUUGGACAUCGUAACCCAGCUUGCUGUUUUGUUUGCCGUAGAGAGAUGUUCAGAUGACGUAGAAAAGAAGGGCAUCGGGAAGGACAGGUGUCGGCGUACAGAAUUCCAGGGGUGAAAUAGCUCAGCAGAAUCCCAACGAUUCCCCAAAAAUAAAUGUCCCUCCUGUCACCCGGCAGGUCAGUGGGAAAGACCACAGACCCCAACAAGAUUACUCCAUAGGGACUAGCCUCUUGAAUAAUAAGCAGCCGUUACAGAUGUCAAAGGAGCAUCCAGAUUCUAUGAUGUCCUUUCGUGUGUAUUUUUGGUGUUUGUCCCACAUACCAUUUGCUCCAGCCUGGAGGUGUGAGGGACCUGUGAUGCUCUGGCACUCAGAAUCACUCGUUUGUUUGUUUUUUUCUGGUCAUUCACUUGAACUCGUAGCUUGGGAGUUGUGGGGGGAGGGGUUGGUCAAGUGUCAUGGGAGGAAUGGGACAGAAAGACCCAUUUUACUUGGAACAUGCUCGUCAGCUGUGUAAUUCAUUUUUAGGGAAUUUGACUCUUCUAGACUAACUCAGGCCCCCGUCCCAUACUUUGGCUUGAUCUCAAGAAGUUGGGAGAGUUUUUUCUUGUCCUUCACCCCCACGCUCUUCCUCAUUCUUCGGAUCAGAGUUUCCUGAGCCGAAGUUCUGUGUUAAGCAUCCUUUCCCCACCCGCACCCUUGAUCUCAGUGGUUCCUGACCUUCAGUCCCCGGAUCUUCGUGAACUACAACUCCCGGAAAUCCUGGCCAGCUCAGCUAGUGGAGAAGACUUCUGGGAGUUGUAGUCCAAGAACACCCGGGGGACCCAAAGUCAGGAACCACUCUGAUACAGUGGUAACAAAACUCAUUUUGUUCUCUCUUUGAGGGCUGGGGUCCUCUCAGUGGGGUGGAGGAUGGUUAACUUCAACAUGAACAUCAUAAAAUGUGUAGGACCAAGUGUGAGUUAAUCUGGAAGAGCAACUUCUCCUUUAUCCAAGCAACCCAAAAAGAAUUGGCUUCUAAGCUGCCAUCACAAAGGGGUUUGUUUUGCACAUAUUUCUUCUUUUUUAUAGGAAGAAAACGCACCUCGUGUCUUUCUCUUUUUCACCAGUUCUGUGUAGGAUGUGUGUUCUCUUUGUUUCUUCUUUUUUUAAAAAAAAAAUCUGUAAAGGUACAAACGCGUGGAUUUGUUAGAAAAUGUUAAUAUAUAUAUAUAUAUAUUCUGCAUUUUUGUAUGUAAAAGGACUGUGUUUGAGUUUGUUUUUAAGAAAUGCUGCUGUAGGAAAUUAUCUGUUUAUUUUUUAAAUGGCAAAAAUAGCCUCUUUUUUUAAAUUACACAACUGGUGCCAAUAUUGAGGGUUUUUUGGGCGGGGGGGGCGGGAGAAGAAUGUGAUUGUGCCUCUUUUUAAAAUCAAGAAUAAACUCUUAGAAGUGGGACACAUGAAAAGUGCACAGCAAAUUUUAAUGUGUUAAGAGCCAAAUGCUUUUUUUUAAAAAGUUGCCUUCGACCCUGCUUCUUUUCUCCGCCACUGACACUAGGAAAGGCCAUGACCCCCUCCUUUGUCUUGUUUCUGCGUCGCUGUCUGACACUCCACCGUCUCUUUCCACCACUUCUUUAAAACCCCUUGGUGUAUCUAGCUUGUACUGUUUUUUUAAACCUCCCAUUCAUUCUGUCCCUCCCUCCCCUUUGAUUGUAGAUAAUCAGUAACCAAAUUUUUUUAAAAAAUAA